UGAAGAAGGAGGCGGCCUGGCCAGCAGUGGCAGCGCGAUGGGGCUGCGAGCGGGAGGAGCACUGAGUAGGGCUGGGGCCGGUAGGGGGGCGCCCGAGGGACCCGGGCCCAGCGGUGGCGCGCAGGGGGGCAGCAUCCACUCCGGCUGCAUCGCCGCGGUGCACAACGUGCCAAUGAGCGUGCUGAUCCGGCCUCUGCCGUCUGUGCUGGACCCGGCCAAAGUGCAGAGCCUCGUGGACACGAUCCGGGAGGACCCAGACAGCGUGCCCCCCAUUGAUGUCCUCUGGAUCAAAGGAGCCCAGGGUGGUGACUACUUCUACUCCUUCGGGGGCUGUCACCGUUACGCGGCCUACCAGCAGCUACAGCGAGAGACCAUCCCUGCCAAGCUUGUCCAGUCCACCAUGUCGGACCUAAGGGUGUACCUGGGUGCUUCCACACCAGACUUGCAAUAGCAGGCUCCUUGCCACCUGCCAACACUCCCGAAAGCCCAAAAAACACACCUGGACUCCAGUGGGCGGGGCCAUGCAAAAGGUGUAGCAGAGGGGCAUUCUCUUUGUGCCUGGAAGGAAGAGGGUCUGGCGCCAAGCACCCUCUUUGUUAACUGCAAGACCUUGGACUCACUGCUGAACAGUGUGGGAGGCCCAGUUCCCACCCCUGUGAAAAUGGGCCAUGUCUUCGCUUUUGAGGGGUUACUGAGAGGAUGAAAUGAGAAAGGAGAUGGGUUUGGAGAACCACAGGCUGCAGGCUCCAGAGUACCAAGGGCAAGGAUCCUUCUGCAUUUUCCUCUUUGUGUAUCCAGUUAUGUGGGACACAUUGAGCUCUAAGCAAGGGAAAACCUAUUUCAGCCAGGAGAAAGUUGUUUCCAUAGAGCAUCAAUUCUAGAGGCAGGUGACUACCAGCACUGACUUAACAACUGGGCCAAGGUGCGGCACACAUCUCUGUGGUCCUUUCAGCCUUCCCUCAUUACUGGUUGCUUCAUGGUCACAAGACGGCUGCUGUGCCUCCAGGGAUCAUGGCUCUGUUCCAGGAAGCAAGUAGUGGGGGUGAAGGAAGGGCCGAGCCAGCUGGACUGUCCACUUCUAUCGUAAAGCCAAACCUUUCUCAGAGGUCUUUUUCCUGCUCUCUCCCCUGCAUAUUUCCACUUAGGUUUCCUUGGCCCAAACCAGCAACCAUUGUUUCCCCUAGAUGCAAAGAAAGCUAAGACAGCAGGGAACAGAAUUGUCACAAUUGAGUGGACCAAUCACAUCCCAGCUCCUGGGACUGGCACCCUGCCUCCUGAAACAAAAUGGAGCCCCACUACCGAGAGAGAAAUGAGUAAUUGUUAUCAGUUAGCCUUUGCUGUGUAACAUACCAUCCCCAAACUUAGCAGCUAAAAACACGUCAUUUAUUUGCCCACAAUUCUGCGUAGUGGCAGUUUGGACUGGGUUCAUCUGGCCAGUUCUGAUGUCACCUAAGGUGGACUCCUGGGUCUGCAUGCAAUCAAUCAGCUGUCACCUCGGAUCUGUCCAGGAUGUUCUAACUCACUUGUCUGGCAGUUGGCGGGCUGUUGGCUGGGUGACUAGUUCUCCAUGUGGCUUCUCCAGCAGGCGGCUAGCUCAGGCACGGUCACAUGACGGCCUCAGGAUUCCAAGAGGAUGAGAGUAGAAGCUGUGAGCUUCUUGAGUUCUAGGCCCAGAAUUGGUACAACGUCACUUCUGCUAAGUUCUUUUGAUCA